AAUGUCUUGUCACCUACAAAAUAUGGAUUUUAUCUAGACAUAUGGUCACUCUUUAAAAUGGUGGCAAGAGUAGCAAAAUACAUGUAAAUAAAAAAAAUAAAGAAAACUUAUCAGCAUGAUGGCUCUGGUGGAUUAUGGCAACAGCUCAAGCUCAGAAAGCGACGAAACAGAAAACAAAGCUCCUGCGCCGAUCAGUCUGAAGAGACCGGCGUUACCCGCAGCUGUUUCUUUGCUGGGCUCUAAGAUAACAAAACCUGCCGAAGAUGAGGAGCAGGAGGACGAUUUUGAUAAUUCUGAGUUACAUGGCGGGCGCAUACGUAGCUUUAAGCACGAGCGCGGCAAUUGGGCAACUUUUGUUUAUAUGCCCGUUCUGGCUUGUGCCGAGCAGCUGGAGGAUUUUCAAAUAGAAGCUAUAAAGAGGCUUUCCCCGGACCUGGAGCUAAGGGCCAAUGAAUCACUACAUCUGAGUUUGAGCAAAACUGUGGUGCUACAAUAUCAUCAAAUUGAUGAGUUUCACCGAUCGCUGCAGCAGGCGUUGCACAGCUGCGUGGGCUUCAACAGUACGCUGAAUUUGCUACGAGUCUACACAAAUGAGGAGCGUACGAGAACCUUUCUGGCCGUGCAGCUUGAUGCUGCCUAUGGGACAAAAAUGUCUGCCCUUUUGCGACCCGUUGACUUGGUUAUGCGUGACUAUCGCCUAGCGCAAUUCUAUGACAAUCCUUCAUUUCAUGUCAGUCUCCUGUGGUGUGUUGGUGAUCAGCAGCUCUUGCUGCAGGAUAAGCUGCAGGAGUUGCAGCAACUGCUGGAGGAUCAUGAGACGCUCAAACUUGCCGUUCGUGAGCUGCGCUGCAAAUGCGGCAAUAAAGACUUUAUUUUUAAGUUAAAAUUGUAAUAGAAAGCUCAGAAACUGUGUUUAGCUUAA